ACGGAAUACCUACAAGACACGCAAUCUAAGCUCCGCCAAUACACAUCUCAGACCAAGCCAUGCACUCAGCUGGAGCCAGUCGCUACACAGAGCUUGUCCGCCCAGUAUUCCCAUGUGAGGAGGACAAGGGGAGAUGGGAACUGCUUCUUCCGUGCCUUUGGAUUCAGCUAUUUUGAAAAACUAUUAACAGAUGAAAAAGAAUAUCAAAGAUUUAAAGAUCUAGCUGCUAGGAGUAAAGAUGAGCUUGUGGAGCUUAACUUCCCUGCUUUUACAAUCGAAGACUUCCAUGAAGUGUUUAUGGAGGUCCUGGAUAUGAUGGGAAACAACGCAACUGAGGACCAGCUUAUCCAGAAAUUUCAAGAUGAGGGAAUCUCAAACUAUCUUGUGGUGUAUCUCCGUCUGCUAACCUCAGCUCAGCUACAAAGGAAUGCUGUGUUCUUUGAAAACUUUAUUGAGGGAGAAAGAACGGUCAAGGAAUUCUGCAACCAGGAAGUAGAACCAAUGGGUAAAGAGAGUGACCACAUCCACAUCAUUGGACUCACUGAAGCACUGGGUGUGUGUAUUCGGGUGGAGUAUGUAGACAGAACAGGUGAUGAUGUCAAUCACCACGACUUCCCUGAGGAUGGCAGUACCCCUAUUGUACACCUUUUGUACAGACCAGGACAUUAUGAUGUUCUGUACCUGGCUAACCAAUGACAUUACAGAAACAGCUGUCAAUCAUCAUGAUUGCUCUGAAAAAGGCAGUACCCCUAUUGGUCCCCUUUUGUACAGACCAGGACAUUGCAAUGUUUUGUAUCUGGCUACCCAAUGACAUUACAGAACAGCUGUCAAUCACCAUGACAUUCCUGAGGAUGGCAGUACCCCUAUUGGCCCCCUUUUGUACAGACCAGGACAUUAUGAUGUUCUGUACCUGGCUAACCAAUGGCAUUACAGAAACAGCUGUCAAUCAUCAUGAUUGCUCUAAAAAAGGCAGUACCCCUAUUGGUCCCCUUUUGUACAGACCAGGACAUUGCGAUGUUUUGUAUCUGGCUACCCAAUGACAUUACAGAACAGCUGUCAAUCACCAUGACAUUCCUGAGGAUGGCAGUACCCCUAUUGGCCCCCUUUUGUACAGACCAUGACAUUACGAUGUUCUGUACCAGGCUACCCAAUGACAUUACAGAAGCAGCUGUCAAUCAUCAUGACUUCUCUGACAGUCGUAUUGCUAUUGCCCACCUCUUGUACAUCUGUCUAAGCCAAUAGGAUUACAGAAAAGCUGUCAAUCACCAUUCCUUAUAUCGUAUGCAUUCAAGAAAAUUGUGAUGUUCCUAUCAUGUUUAUAAUCUAGCCAGUGAGAUUACAAAAGCAGCAUGUACAGGAAAGGACAUUAUGUACAUGAGUAGCCAAUCAGAACAAGCUGUGUUGCACCAUGGCCUCCUAGAGGAUGUUAAUCACCACUUCUGAACAGAAUGGGGAUUCAUUUGAUGGGUUCAUUAUAAGUAUCGUCAUUUCUA